AUGUUUUAUCAAGUACGCCUCCUACCAGAAGACCGAUGCCUCUUCCGAUUCCUGUGGCGCAACCUACAAGUCGACAAAGAGCCAGACAUCUACGAAUGGCAGGUGCUUCCCUUUGGCUCGACUUGUAGUCCCUGCUGUGCUACCUAUGCUCUGAGAAAGCACGCCUUUGACCAUGAGAAGGACUAUCCAGAAGUUGCAAAGGCAGUCGACAAGUCCUUCUAUGUUGACAACUGCUUGCAGAGUCUACCGGUCGAGACAGAUGCCAAAGCCCUUGUCCAGAAGAUGCGAAACCUGCUUGCUGACGGUGGGUUUGAAAUACGACAGUGGGCCAGCAAAGUUCCUGCUGUAGUAGAAGAUCUCCCACCAGAUGCCCGUUCUGAUGGCUGUGAGCUGUGGUUAACCUUCGGGGAGACCAAUUCCACUGAAGGCACACUUGGUAUGUUGUGGGAAUGCAGUUCAGAUGCCCUGCUGUACCGCCACAGACCCAUCAGCUAUGACUGCCUCAACAUGAGGAAUAUGUAUAAGAUCCUCGCGAGCCAGUACGACCCUAUAGGGUACCUAACCCCAUUUACAGCCCGAGCGAGAGUCAUUGUCCAAGACCUGUGGAAGACGAAGCGCAACUGGGAUGAUCCACUUGAGCCGGGUGAUAUCAGAGACCAGUGGCAAGCCUGGGAGAGUGAACCUCCCCACCUGACUGGAGUGAAGCUUAACAGAUGCUACACACCACCAAAUGUCAAGACAGAGGCUGCCCAUCGCCAACUUCACAUUUUCUGUGAUGCAUCGGAGAGAGUUUACGGAGCUGUGGCUUACAUCCGAACAGAAGAUGAAGAUCACAACGUCCAUAAAGAGUUGACUCUUCCUCUUGAUGAAGUCAUCCUGUGGAGUGACUCGACUACUGUGCUCACCUGGCUGCAAUCAGAAUCCUGCCGGUAUAAAGUGUUCGUUGGCACCCGUGUCGCAGAAAUACAGACCCUGACCGAUGUUGACAAGUGGCGGUAUGUCGACACCAAGAACAACCCCGCGGAUGACCUUACAAGAGGCAAAACCCUGGUUGACCUCAGCCAAGCCAAUAGAUGGAGAGAUGGUCCUUCCUUCCUCCGGUUGACUCCCGACACAUGGCCAGCUCACCCGUCUACAUCACAGACAGAAGACCCAUCUGAGUUCAAGAAGUCAACCUUCUGCGGUGCUGUGGUCGUCAUUCAGCCCAACUUACCUGAUCCAUCCGAACAUGACACCUGGAGUGACCUUGUUGCAGCUACCAUGCAGCAUCUUCAUGGGGCGGCCGAGGAUGCUGAUCCUACCAAGUUGGUUGAACAACGGGUAGAAGCCGAGAUGUUUCUUUAUCAGCGUGCUCAACAAGAUUCCUUCCCAGAGGAGAUUGCUUGCAUCCAAGCAGGCAAAGAGCUCCCCCGUGGUAGCAGACUCCUACAGCUUGCUCCAGAGUAUGACGAAUCUUGGGGCCUCAUCCGAGUGGGAGGACGUCUUCGUCGUACCCAAGAUCUACCCAAAGACACCAAGCAUCCCAUCAUGAUGAAUCCAGCUCAUCCCAUAACAAAGCUUAUCAUCCGUGACUACGAUGAGAAGUUGCUCCACUACGGACCUGAGCGCAUCCUGGCAGAGAUCCGACGUAAGUUUUGGAUACUACGCAGAAGAGAAGCAAUCCGAAAACAUCAACGCCAGUGCUUCGAAUGCCAGAAGUGGAGAGCUAGCCCUCAAGUUCCGAAGAUGGGAGAUUUGCCUCCAGCACGCCUCCGCCUCUUCAAGCCUCCCUUCUACUUAACAGGGGUAGACUGUUUCGGUCCAAUGACGUGCAAGAUUGGGAGAAGGAGCGAGAAGCGUUGGGGGAUCAUAUUUAAAUGUAUGACCACCAGGGCCAUUCACCUUGACCUACUAGACAGCCUCGAUACUGACGCGUUCUUGAUGGCCUUUAGACGGUUCAUCUCCAGAAGAGGGAAACCAUUCGAGAUCCUGUGCGACUGUGGCACUAAUUUCAAAGGAGGUGAUAAUGAGCUACGGGACGCCUUUGCUGCCAUGGAUCCUAUCAUACAGCAGGAGCUUGCCAAGCACCAGGUCAAGUUUGUGUUUAACCCUCUGAAGGCUCCACACUUUGGAGGAACCUGGGAACGGGAGAUCAAGUCCGUGAAAGAUGGCCUAAGAGUUGCCCUGAAUGAGCAGUCCGUCCCCGAGUCAGUACUUCGCACUGUGCUCAUUGAAGUCGAGGGAAUCUUAAAUUCCAAGCCUAUGGGGUAUGUCUCAUCUAAUGUUGCAGAUCCCGAUCCAGUCGAUCCAAACCUUCUGCUGAUGGGGCGGCAUGAUGCGACUCUCCCUCAGGUUGUCUAUCCUGCAAGGGAUUUACUUGGCAGACGACGCUGGAAGCAUAGCCAGGUCCUCGCUGAUCACUUUUGGUCCGGGUUCGUCAAAUCCUACCUGCCGACUCUCCAGGAACGCCAGAAGUGGCGUACAGACCGUCCGAACCUGACCACCAUUGAUGUCGUUAUGAUUGUCGACCCAGCACUCAGCAGAGCUCAGUUGCCCAUCGGAAGAGUUGCAGAGACCUUUCCGGGUUCCGACGGUCGUGUCCGCACUGCCAGCGUGAGCGUUCGAGGUAAAACCUACACUCGCCCAGUGGCACGACUGAUCAGGUUUCCGGAGGUCAGUGACGACAACAUACCCGAUGGUGAACCCAACAACACCUAA